CUGGUCUCAGCUGCCACUGAUCUGAGCCCCAUUUCUCCGCUCCAUUUGCAUUCACUGGCUAAAACUGGCUGGCAGGGCAACACUCUCAACUUUCUGUUCCAGGCUUUGAAGCGUUCCAAAAGUUUUUUAUUGACUUGGAGUGGAGGGGACAGAGAGAGAGAGAGGAGAGGAACAAGAGGAAGAAGACAAAGAUAAAGUACCACUAAAACCUUAGACUUCCACAGGAACAGGGGAACAGGUGGGCCAGGCUGAAAUAAACGGUGUCUUGAAGCUGGAGGCAGACCUUGGGGAACCGAGGGGUCAUGGAUAUUAGGAUGCAACGAGAGGAGGCAUCAGCUCAGGAAGUGUUCAGCUAUGCCCAGAUGUCCACCCUGGAGCGAAACAGCGGGGUAGGAACGCUGAGUAGGCAUCUGGAGCGGGAGAGGUUGGAAAGAGACAGCUACACGGUGGAUGUCAGGGCCAGUGACCUGCAGCUGGAUCAGCCUGGGCCAUUACAUCCCUGCUUUAGUUACAGAGUCUGGCUUUACAGCAUCGUUAUUGGGAGCAGCUUGCUGAUAGCGGCAACUUUCUCCCUCUACAUGGGUAAUGUGUUUCCAGGUGCAAUGGACUACCUGCGUUGUACUGCUGGAUCUAGUAUACCAGCUGCAGUGGUGAGCUUUGCUAUUGCCAAGAACAGAAAAGUUGCAGUGUCAGACUUUCAAAUGGUCUACGUGUCGUCUUUUGCUGUGACAACCACGUGUCUGGUGUGGUUCGGAUGUAAACUCGCCAUUAGUCCCUCAGCCAUCAAUAUUAACUUUAACCUGCUCCUGCUUAUUGUGCUGGAAGUGCUCACGGCCAGUACUGUUAUCCUGUCAGCACGCUCAGCAGACGACUGCUGCAGCCAUGCAAAGCCAGUGUCUGAUGGCCCUGUGGUUGUGACCCCAGCUUCGUUCCCCACUCGUCUUCUCAAGGCCUACGCCGUAAUUGAGGUUAUAGUGGGCAUCUCCGCUGUAUUUGGAGGAAUUAUUGCUCUGAAUUUGGGUGCUCUCCUUCCAGAGCCAUAUCUUUCUGUCACUUUCUUCUGGAUUCUGGUUGCUUGUUUCCCCAGUGCCAUUGCCAGCCAUGUGGUGGCAGAAUAUCCCAGCAAGAGUCUGAUGGAAAUGCUGAUUGCUAUAAGUAGUGUGACCUCACCACUGCUUUUCUCAGCUUCUGGAUUUUUGUCCAACAGCGUGAUUAAUUUUAUUGAGAGUUUUCGGCAUGAAGUGCCAUUAGCAAAGCAGUCGUAUGACAUACUGCUGCUUAUCCUGAUGGGACUGCUGCUGGUGCAGGCGGUACUAACAUUGGCCACCACAGUAAAGUGUGCUUCCUACAAGAGCCAGCUGCAUACUGAAUGGGACACACUACACAAAAAACACUCUGAGCAUCAAAUGUUAAAUGGCACACUAAGGGAUUUUGACAGAGAGAAGGCAUGGAAAGCAGUGGUGGUCCAAAUGGCUAAGUGACCAAAAAUACAGGCAUCAGAAGGAAAAAACAAAGAGAAAGAAAGUGAAGGUACAAAUAUGGAGUAUGAUAAUGUCAACUGGAAAAGGAUCAUCAUGAAACUUCUGUCAUAGUUGUCAGCUGACCUGUCAUAUUAAUGAACAGUACACUACUGUUCAAAAUUUUGGGGCUAAGAUAUUAAACUUUUUUUUAAAAUAUACUUUUAUUUAGCAAAGAUGCACUAAACUGAUGUCAAACAAAGACUUUCACAUUGUUACAAAAAUUUUACAAAUAAAAGCAUUUUUCUUUUUUUACUUUCUUUUCAUCAAAAAAUCCUUAAAAAUAUUAAGCAGCACAGCUGUUUGCAACAUUGAUGAUAAUAAUAAGAAAUGUUUCUUGAGCACCAAACCAGCAUAUUACAAUUAUUUCUGAAGGAUCAUGUGACACUGAAGACUGGACUAAUGAUGCUAAAAAUUCAGCUUUGUCAUCACAGGAAUAAAUCACAUUUUAAAAUAUAUUUUUAAAAAAUGCUGUUAUUUUUACCUGUAAUAACAUUUCAUAAUAUUGCUGUUUUUACUGUAUUUUUUAUCAAAUAAAUGCAGCUUUGCUGAGCAUGAGAGUUCUUUCAAAAAUAUUUUCAAGUCAAACUGACCCCAGACUUUUGAACGUUAUGGUGUACGUCUGUCAAACAUAUUACUAAAUAACAAUUUAGUAAGAAAAAGUGGUCAAAAUGUGUGGUUGGUUUUUAAAGUCUUUUGUAAAGAUCCUAAAACCUGAGUCACAAUCAUGAAUAUAUAAACCAUACCAGUUGACAUUAGAAUCAUAUGUGAUGAGUGCAUGGCUGAGCAAAUUUAUAUGCAAAUAAAUGGUGAACACACCAUGCAUGUACAAUCUACAGCACUUGAAAUGCAUUAUCUAGAAAACCCACAUGUCAGAAGCUAGAAGAGUAGGCGACCUAUGAUGCUUUCAAUAAUUCUAAUAAUUUUAAUGGACCAUAUUACUUACAUGCAACCAUUUUUACUUUGUUAGAUUGUAUUUUUGUAUAAAUAUAUGCAUCCUGUUAUGUUAUUGUAGAUCAAUAAAAUUUUUAAGAUUGUU